UCAAAAUGAAUGAAGAAGUUGGUAGGAAUUCUGAUAAAAUUACAAUAAAAGUAAGGCAUUCGGAUGAGGAUUAUCAUGACAUUACGAUUGAUUGGUCAAAUGAAAGUUUUGAUUACAGGAAACAAUUGUUCCAUCAGUUAUCAGCAUUCACAGGCAUACCAGUUGAACAUCAAGAGUAUGUCAGCGUGAACAACGCAUUACUUCGGAUUGGUGGUCUGCUAAAUACAGAAUGGAAGGAUAAAACUCACAUGGUGGGUUAUGCUUGGCAAUACGACACCAAGGAACGCGCAAUGAAUACUUUCCAUGAUGGCGAUUGUUUUCUAUUUAGAACGAAACUUUUCGGAGAUGAUGCUGGAUUUGGCUGUAGAUAUGAAUUGUGGCAUCAGAGUCUGGUUAAUGAAACUGAAUGUAACCGACAUUAUUGCCAUUACCUGGGUCGUCGAUCUUUCACAGAAAAAUUAUCAGAGUUGAUGAAAUCAGAUAAAUUGCAAAAAAUUUUUAAUGAAAGUGUCUUACAAUUUAGUAGACAACCAGAGAUAUUGAAAAGAGUUAGACUCAAUUUGAAUAUUAACCAUCUAACAUAUCCAUUGUGCACUGCGGUGGCUUCAGAAUGGCCUAAUCUACUACGCUUUAAUGCUAACUACUUACGUUACCGUGGCUAACUUAAAUCUCUGAAGAGCAAGCAAUCCAACUUCAGGAUAAACUUUCAAUUCUCAAGACUUAUACUGAUUGUUUGUCAAAUAACCAUUCAUAACCAUUAUCUAGACAUUAGAUAAUCUUAAAAUAUUGAAAUAUAAAAAGACAAGAUUGAAUAAAGAAUAGAUAUUUUUAUUACUGUAAAUCUGUUUCUUUGAUUAUUCCAGGUUGUUCAUUGAUUGUUAGCUUUAUAAAUAUUUAUAUGAGUGUGAAUAUUGAGAGCUUCAAGUUAAAUCUUUCUUAAACAAUCUAAU